AUGAAUGGGAUAGACUUUCUCGAGGCAAAGAUAAAGCAACGGCCCAUCCUCCUAAUAACCAAGUCAAGUACACCAGAAGGUGUACAUGUGGAGAAGAUUCUCUCAGUUUAUAACCUUAAUAAGCGUGAUCCAAAGGCCUAUGAAAUACUUAACAUUGAACUUAGGCAGGACGUCGCCAAACUUGACACAUACCUUUAUUUUAAACAUCUUUGCCAGUGGAGAAUGACACCACACCUAUACAUUCGCGGAAAAUAUAUUGCCGGUGGGAAAGACAUCAUUGAGCUGCACGAAUCGGGGAAACUGUACAAAAUACUGAGGGAAAAUGGAUUCUGUUGA